AGCACCACCGACAGGAGCGGCAUCGUCCGGUACUACGUCUGGGUCGGCGCCGCCCGCCAGACGUGCUACGCCAUCAAGGCCGUCUGGGGUCUCUCCAUCGCCCUGUGCAUUCUGUUUGCCGUGUCGUCCAUCACGUCCGCCUGUCUCUGGCGGCGCCUGAAGAUGGGUCCCGUCCCCGGAAAGGAUGUGGAGGGACAAUGAGGGCGCGGCCGUGGCGACGCGGCGGGGGCGGUGGCCAGUUCGUCGACGGGGGAGCUUUCAUUCGACGACGAUAAUGAGAAUGCACGUGAUGAGAACGGGGGGGAUGGUGCCGCAGCUGCUGCCCUUCAGUACCCGCGGCCCGUCCUCGAGCAUCCGGGUCUUCAGCGCAAGACGAGCCUCGGCACGUCUGCGAUGCGGGCAUCGUCGCGCGAAAAGACGUGGGGCGCGAGCGCGAGCGAGGGCUCCUCUUCCGACGCCGAUGCAGCAGCCCCCUACCGACCCCUCUAUCAUCACCACCACCCCCCGAGGACACUGUCCCUGUCGCCCGCCACGGCACCCAGAGAGAUACGGACCACGUCGGUCGUCGUUGUGGACGACGGCGUCAACGGGUUCGAGGAAAAGAAUGGCACGACCGCUGUGCCGGUGGCGUAUAUGCCUGCCCUCCCCGGCUCGCCCGGCCCGCUGGCUUCGCCGUCGUCUCCCAUCACGCCGUUGUCCCCGCCUCCCGAGCCGGGAAACCAGCUGGGGCGGCGGGGACCGACGACCAAGUCGCGGCGGAAGACGAUCAAGGAGCUGAUUGACGGAUGGUGGGAUCUGGGUCUUUUGGAAGCGCAUAAGCGGCAGACUAUGCUGGCUGGUCGGCGCUAGCUGAGCUUUUGCUUGAUCGAUAUCUAGCGUUUUCCUGUCUUGUUUUUUUGGUGUGUUUUCUUUUUGGUUCCUUUGGUUGUGUUUGGUUUCCUUUGGCUUCCUUUGGCUUCCUUU